AUGCAGGACAGUCGCUUCCUUAAACUCACGCCAGAAGAGCCACGGCCACAUGUUCCCAAACCCACCACUGGCCCUAUCCACAGACUCGAAGGCACGGAUCUCCUCCCUCUCAGACGCGUCUCUGGGCUCGCGGACCUGAAACCCAGCGCCAAACUUGAUGCAUCACUUCCAAAGUUCCUCAACCUGACGCCCGACCCGCCCAAGCACAGCGGUAGUGAUGCACACAACAAGAGGGAUCAUCUCCAGCAGGGCGCUGAACAGCCAGCCUGCAAGUCUUCAGGCAAGAAGCGGAGCGCCAGCAAUGGCGGCCACGAAGUGGGAAGUACAGAGCAUAACGAGAUGCCUGAUAGUUACAAUAAGGCUGAGAGCAAACGUGGCGGCGGCGGCAACAAAACGGCACAAGCCUCGUACGCCCCCGAUCCGGACACAGCCAAUAUCGAGGGCGACGUCGACGUCGACUGGGUGAACGAUGGGUUCCAGCUUCCACCACGACGCUUCAACUGGCGCGCGAUAGUCGGGACUGGUGGGGAGCCUACCCGUUCUGUGUAA